AUGGCACAGAAAGAGAAGCUCCAGUGUCUGAAGGACUUCCAUAAGGACACUCUGAAGCCUUCCCCAGGGAAGAGCCCGGGCACCCGGCCCGAGGACGAGGCAGAGGGGAAACCCGUCCAGAGGGAGAAGUGGAACUCCAAACUUGACUUUAUCCUGUCCGUCGCUGGUGGCUUCGUGGGUUUAGGGAACGUCUGGCGUUUCCCAUACCUCUGCUAUAAGAAUGGCGGAGGUGAGUUUCUUACUCCUAUACAGUUAAUGACUAGGACAUGAAGGGUGAAAUGGAAUGAAGCCAUUCCCAUUCCAACUCUGUAUUCUAAGAGGUUUGGGGUCAAUGACCCUAUUUCACUGUGACACAUCAGUGUAAACAGAAGACGCAGAGUGCUGUGUUCAAGAGGCGGUUAAAGUCAGGAGAUGGUGAUAAUACAGAUCAGAACAGCUAGCGGUCUCUCUGCAUGCAACCCAUGGUUCCAUUACAGCUGCUGUCUAGGUCUAGAACCUGACGAAUGUACACUUCAAAGGCAUUCCAAGGUUGACUUACUUGACUAACGAAUGUCCUCCGUCUCACACUUCCUUCUAACAUUACUACAUUACGUCAAAUUGUUUACCGGAAUACUCAGAUUCAGAGAGUUACUCCCUCGAUGCACACAUACUCCAUUGAUUUUUGUCCACUUUUUUUCUUCUUCUUGAAUCUGACACAUUUGUGGUUAUAUCAUGUUUUCUCCUCCAGGUGCAUUUCUCAUCCCGUACACCAUCUUCCUCUUUGGCGGAGGUCUCCCUGUGUUUUUCCUGGAGGUGGCCCUUGGACAGUACACCUCCGAGGGUGGAAUCACCUGCUGGGAAAAACUUUGCCCCAUCUUUACCGGUGAGUACAUUUUUGAUUUAAAUAAACAAAAUAGGUUUCUACCCUCAAGGGUCUUUCCUGGUUAAAUAAAUGUAAAAUUAAUAAAAAACCUUUAUUCAUACAGGUAAGUCAAUUAAAAACAGAAUAUUUUUUUUGCAACGAUGACCUGGCAAGAGUAUCUAGAAAAGCAGAGUAUUCUCGGUCAAAUCGGCAUAGCCUACUAAGGAAUAGUAAAUCAUUGAUGGACAGGUCAAUCAUAUUCAUGCCAGCCCAGACCAGGAAAGAUACCACACGUUGUACUACAGUGGCUCUGCUUCGCCCACACCGACUCCAGGGUAGUCCAACCAACAGCUAGCCUUAGUUUGAUACUGCCUGGUUGCUAGGCGCCCUGAAUUGCAGAUGCAUCCUGUUCCCUUUGGACUCCCCUCCUCUCCUAACUGCCAAAUAACUGCCAACUGAUAUGCCCUGGCUUCAUUAGACAUUACACACUGUACUGAGGGUUGAGAGGGAAACUGAACAUUACUAGAAGGUACACUGCUCUUGGCUGGACUCCCUCUUGUCCAGUGUAUUUGCUCAUGCCACUCAGAAAAUAGAUUUUUGGCCGUUUUCUGAUAUUUUGUUAUUUUACCACUGCAGGUGUAGUAUUUCUUACAGCAUUCAAUACUCCCAAAGCAAAAGCUGAAUAUGUUAUGAGGAUACACACACAAAGCAUAUUGAUUGUUGUAAAGAGGAGAGGUGUGUCCGUGAUAAAGAGAAAAAUCGUUUGCAUAGUCAACUUACACACAGCUCUGACACACACACGUACCCCACCAGACAUGCCACCAGGGGUCUUUUCACAGUCCCCAGGUCCAGAACAAAUUCAAGGAAACGUACAGUAUUAUACAGAGCCAUGAGUGCAUGGAUCACACUUCCGUCUUAUUUAGCGCAUGUGAACAGAAAACCUGGUUUAAAAAAACAAAUAAAGCAACACCUCACGGCACAACGCCUCUCCCCAUGUGACCUACUUGUUGUGUGUAUGUACUGACAUGUAUGUGUAACUGAUAGAUGCACACACACAAACACACUACAUGUUAAUGUUUUUAAAUGUAUCUAAAUUGUAAAGUAUUUUGUCUGUAAUGUAUUUUUUAUAAUGUGUCGGACCCCAUUAAGACUAGUUGUCGCCAUUGGCGUCGGCUAAUGGGGAUCCUAAUAAAUCAAAUCAAAUCAAAAACACACACACACACACACAGACAUGCACACAAAGCCCUUGAGACUCAGCCGUGCGGUGAACAGAGUGUGCUGAAUUAUAGGUUGCUAUGGCAGCAGCGCAGGAAAACAUCAGAGAGAUGCCUAGCAAUGAGGUCUGACCCAAGAAGGAGACAGGCAGGCAGACAGGCAGGCAGACAGACAAGCAGACAGGCAGACAGGCAGACAGACAAGCAGACAGACAGACAGACAAGCAGACAGGCAGACAGACAGACAGGCAGACAGGCAGGCAGGCAGGCAGGCAGGCAAACAAACAGGCAGGCAUUUUAUAAACAGGAAAGAUAGUAUGCUGUGUAAGUAUUAGUCUAGAUGGCAGGAGGCUGACGAGCUCUAUCUGUAGACAUAGGCCAAAUCCCAAAUGGCAUCCUUUUCCCUACAUAGUGCAGUACGGGCCAAAAGUAUUGCACUGUAUAGGGAAUAGGGUGCUGUUUGAGACGCAGACAGGCACUCACCUCCAGCCAAACAAGGCCAAGCCUCACUCUAAAGCUCUCUAUUUGUAUAAUACAUUCAGAUAAGAUGAGACUGGAUGUCAGCAAAGCAAGCUGUUAAUUUUCAACCCAGGUGGCUGCCUGCCUGAAUGGAUUGGUGGGGGUGCCCCAGUUUUAUUUUCAUUAAGGAGAAGUAACAGAGGGUGACCGUGGGAGGAGAGGAGGGACAGGAGGUGAGGGGAGAGGAGGGAGGGAGGGGAUGGAGGAAGGGAGGUAGAGGAGGGAGGAAAAAGAGAGGAGAGGGUGAGGAGUGGAGGGGAGGGAGGGGAGAGGAGGGGAGAGGAGGGGAGGGGGAGGGAGAGGAGGGUGAGGAGGGGAGGGAGAGGAGGGGAUUUUCACGUCCUAAUUCUAAAUGAUUACAACAGCAUUCAAAACAUACACACACGUUCAUUACAAAAUAGAGCUACAUUGGGUUUCUUAAUAUCAAAUCUCCCUUCCUAAGUGUUUUUGUACAGUGUAGUGUACAUGUGUGUAAUCUCGCUGAUCCAGUCGCAAGCCUCAGAAUAUGUCAUGUACUCUGAUGUCUGGCAAGAUUAACCUGACCCUUUCCAUUCCCCCCCCCCCCCCCCCCCCCCCCCCCCCCCCCCCACCCCCCCCCCCCCCCCCCCCCCCCAAGGUAUCGGCUACGCUUCGAUUGUGAUCGUGUCCCUCCUGAACAUCUACUACAUAGUGAUCCUGGCCUGGGGUUUGUAUUACCUGUUCCAGUGCUUCCAGCCGGAGCUGCCCUGGGCCAAGUGUAAAAACUCCUGGAACACAGACCGUUGUGUGGAGGACACCGUCCGCAAGAACAAGACCCUGAUGCUGGCCGCUAACAUCACCAACUUCACCUCGCCCGUCACCGAGUUCUGGGAGUGAGUACAGUAGCUUUUUAAAUGUAUUUAACCUUUUAUCUAUACAGGAUAGUUUCACUGAGUUCUGGGAGUGAGUAAAGUAGCUUUUUAAAUGUAUUUAACCUUUUAUCUAUACAGGAUAGUUUCACUGAGUUCUGGGAGUGAGUAAAGUAGCUUUUUAAAUGUAUUUAACCUUUUAUCUAUACAGGAUAGUUUCACUGAGUUCUGGGAGUGAGUACAGUAGCUUUUUAAAUGUAUUUAACCUUUUAUCUAUACAGGAUAGUUUCACUGAGUUCUGGGAGUGAGUAAAGUGCUGGAAUAUACUUGAUUUAGCUACUUUAAUAAUUCCUUUAGUUACUUUCCUUUAGUUCCUUUCGCAGGUCUCCCUUGUGACCUCAAAGGCACUACCUUGUUAAAUAAAGGUCUCCCUUGUGACCUCAAAGGCACUACCUUGUUAAAUAAAGGUCUCCCUUGUGACCUCAAAGGCACUACCUUGUUAAAUAAAGGUCUCCCUUGAGACCUCAAAAGGCACUACCUUGUUAAAUAAAGGUCUCCCUUGUGACCUCAAAGGCACUACCUUGUUAAAUAAAGGUACACAUAGUGUAGCAUAGGGCCUCACUGUAACAUGGGGCCUUUUAGCAUUCUAGUUUAGGGUUUUCAUCACAUCCUUUAUCCCUCCCACUUUUCUUUGGCAUUCAACCUGAACACAACAUACCAUGUUUCUCUUUCAUAUCGUUUAUCUUUCCUCAUCCCUGUUUCUACUUUCCUCUCUACAAAAUGUUGUCCAAUUCAAUAAUACACAAGUUUUCAAUUUAACUUCAUAAAAAUGUUUUCAUUAAUCCAAAGUUGUACAUAUAUCAACAGUUUAAUUUAACUAUAAACAACUGUUUAUAAUUACAUCAUCAACAAGUGUUAUAAUUUCAUAUCAAAAUGUUACUUUACACUAAAUACCAUGUUUCUUUAACUCUCCACUGUUUCUACCUUUCAUUCCCCAUGUUUCUACCUUUCCUCUAAAACCCAUGUUUAUUCUUAGAAUAUAACACUGUUUCUCAAUUACUCUCAAACUGUUUAAUUUCAUAUAACACACUGUUUCUAAUUCAUCUCCCAUGUUUAUACUUUCCUAUAAAUGUUUCUACUUUGCAAGGUAAAAACCAGGUUUAAUUUACUAUCAAACCCUGUUUUCACUUUCUAAUAAAACUGUUAUAAUUUAAUCUCAAAACUGUUUAUAAUUUAAUAUCAAAAUGUUUUAAUUUAAUAUAAAUGUUUAUCAUUUAAUUUAAUAUAAAACUGUUAUAAUUUAAUUAAUAUAAAAGUUUAUAAUUUAAUAUAAAUGUUUAUAAUUUACAUCUAAAAGUUUAUAAUUUAAUAUACAAAAUGUUUAUAAUUUAAUAUAAUAUAAAAAUGUUUAUAAUUUAAUAUAAAAUGUUUAUAAUUUAAUAUAAAAAUGUUUAUAAUUUAAUAUAAAUGUUUAUAUUUAAUACUAAACAUGUUUAUAAUUUAAUAUAAAGUUUAUAAUUUAAUAUAAAAUGUUUAUACUUUAUAUACAAAUGUUAUAAUUUAAUAUAAAAUGUUUAUAUUUAUAUAAAAUGUUAUAUUUAUUUAAUUAAAUGUUUAUAAUUUAAUAUCAAUGUUUAUAAUUUCAUAUAACUGUUUAUCAUUUCUUAACAUGUUUAUUACUUUACUAUAACAUGUUUUUCUUUACAUUUAUCUAAUGUUUCUCAUUUCAUUUAAUAUACAAUGUUUUCCUUUCAUUUCUCCCUGUUUCUUUCCUCUAACACUGUUUCUACUUUCCUUUCCUACACACUGUUUACUCCUUUCUUCCUCUCCUGUUUUCUUUCUCUCCUGUUUAUUUCCUUUCCUCUCCCCUGUUUCUCUUUCCUAUCACCCUGUUUCUAUUUCAUCCACCAUGUUUCUCCUUUCUCUCCCUGUUUCUCCUUUCCUCUCCCCUGUUUCUCCUUUCCUCUCCCUUUUUCUCCUUUCCUUUCUCUCCCCUGUUUUCCUUUCCUCUCCCCUGUUUCUCCUUUCUCUCCCUCUGUUUCUCCUCUCCUCUCCCCCUGUUUCUCCUUUCCUCUCCCCUGUUUCUCCUUUCCUCUCCCCCGUUUCUCAUUUCCUCUCCCCUGUUUCUCCUUUCCCUCUCCCCUGUUUCUCCUUUCCUUUCCUCUCCCCCUGUUUCUCCUCUCCUCUCCCCUGUUUCUCCUUUCCUCUCCCCCUGUUUCUCCUUUCCUCUCCCCUGUUUCUCCUUUCCUCUCCCCCUGUUUCUCCUUUCCUCUCCCCUGCUUCUCCUUUCCUCUCCCAAUGGUCAUGUUUAUCUGGCAGCGCUGGCAGCGUGGUCAGUGAACGAAUGCUCAGGCAACACACAAACAUAGGGCCAGGAACAGGUAAACCACUCUUAACUGAGCAGAGUAGAGAAGAGACUGGCUGGCUGGAGCUGAAGGACUAGCUGUAAGCUAACAUUUAGAUAGACGCCAGCCGGCCGGCUGCUCUGUCAUGUCUCUGUGGUGUUUUCAUUUGGCUUCUCUGAAACAUCCACACACUUUGUGCCUUUUGUGAAGGAUUCUAGUGAAGUGACCUUUAUCUGAGGACUGCUCUGUAGUACAUGCUUGUUUUGAUAAAAAGCUGAUUCUGGGCCUUGUUAUAGCUGACUUGGUAAAAUGCUGUCCCCUUGUUAUAGCCGACUUGGUAAAAUGCUGUCCCCUUGUUAUAGCCGACUUGGUAAAAUGCUGUCCCCUUGUUAUAGCGGACUUGGUAAAAUGCUGUCCCCUUGUUAUAGCCGACUUGGUAAAAUGCUGUCCCCUUGUUAUAGCCGACUUGGUAAAAUGCUGUCCCCUUGUUAUAGCCGACUUGGUAAAAUGCUGUCCCCUUGUUAUAGCUGACUUGGUAAAAUGCUGUCCCCUUGUUAUAGCGGACUUGGUAAAAUUCUGGGCCCUUGUUAAAACUGGCCAUGAAAAUCUAUGGGCCCUAAUUAUAGCUGACCUAAAAUCUCUGGGCGUCCUACUAAUCUAACAUUAAACAUAUCUGACUGUGUGUGUCCUCUCUUCUCUCCAUAGACGUAAUGUCCUCAGCAUCUCCAGUGGCAUCGAUGAGAUUGGGGAGGUCAAGUGGGACCUGGCUCUGUGUCUGCUGGGGGUCUGGGUCAUCUGCUUCUUCUGCAUCUGGAAGGGAGUCAAAUCCACCGGAAAGGUGAGCUGGGACGCCAUUUCUGGACAUUUCUGGUUUUAUAAAAGCCAUUUUUACAUCAGCAGUACCCGGCCUAGACCACAAAGAGCAAACAAAGCAGAAGUGACAGCACAGCGGCAAUUUGGUUGAUAUGCAACAACUUGCUUGGGUUAAGUUUAGGAUAAGCGUUAGGGUUUUGGUGGUGAUAGUUACUCUGUCAAUCCUCCUGUUUGUCUCUCUAUCUCUGGGCUCUGAUGCUGCCUGGUUUAUCGUAUAUCUUAAGGAGAAACACCAAGUUGUACAGGCUGCUACUAUAGUGCAGGCUGUCACCAUAAACCAAGAGCAGUUUCCCACAGUGCAUUUACAUCUCAGUAUAACGAGUGUAGACAAGAGCCAGACCAGUCACAGCAACACCCCCGGGGACUGCUAGGGAGCUGGAUCGAUCCCAGACACCUUGUCUUAUUGCCCCAAUCCCAUGUAUUCAUUGGUUUAGGCUGAUUUAUGUUUCCCUGUCCCUCUAAGCUGUAAGUUAUCCGGUUAUCUGCGGUCUUUGGUUCCUGAAAAGGGAAGCGUAGAGUCAGCCUUCACAAAACAAGAGGAGAGAGUAUAACAGAGAGGAUUGGAUUGUGAUAAAAGAUGGUCUUGUGACAGCCUGAUUCUGACAGUUAACUGAGCAUGUCUCAUUCUCGUUACACAUAAGAUUUAACAAAAAAAUUAUGUUGUUUGUGAGAUCUACACUGUCGAUGUGUAAAUCUACUGAUACAUCGUCUCUCGUUUUGUCCUCUGUUUCCCUACAGGUUGUGUACGUCACCGCUACCUUCCCCUUCGUCAUGCUGAUCAUUCUGUUGAUCCGCGGUGUCACUUUGCCAGGAGCAUCGGAAGGAAUCAAGUUCUACCUGUACCCCGACCUGCAACGUCUCAAAGACCCCGAGGUAGAAACACAUUGCCUUGCCCCGUCCCGCCUCUCCCUGUCCUGCCUUGCCCCGCCCCUCCCUGUCCUGCCUUGCCCGCCCCUCCCUGUCCUGCCUUGCCCCAUCCUGCCCUGUCCUGCCUUGCCCCGCCCCUCCCUGUCCUGCCUUUCCCCAUCCUGCCCCACCCUGUCCUGCCUUGCCCCGUCCUGCCCCAACCUGUCUGGGGACUUUAUUAAUAUAUCUAUUCAAUUAGCAGCUGUGACAGGGAUUCAAACAAACCACACUAAAUCCUGGCCUAAAUCUUGAAUUUUCUAAUCCUUUGAGUUUAAUAUUUGAUGUUAUCUUUACAAAAAAUAUUUAAAAUUGCCUUAAUGAAUAGAAAGGGAGAUGAAGGACAUCCUUGUCUUAUGCCCCAAGAUAAUGUAAAUGUGGUGUAGUUGGCUGUAAAGCACAUUUUCAUUGUUAGUCCUUUGGCAAAAUGUGAUUCUCCUGGAAUAAGCAAAAAUGUGUAGAGAAAAUCUGUCAAAAUACUACCCAAAAUACUACCAUAAUAAUAGCCAAAAUAGUCAAAAUACUACCCAAAAUACUACCCAAUGUUUCCCAAAGCUUGCGCCUCAGCCUUCGUGUCUACUUCUCCCCUUUUAUCUCCAGGUCUGGAUCGAUGCUGGCACUCAGAUCUUCUUCUCCUAUGCCAUCUGUCUGGGAGCUAUGACAUCACUGGGGAGCUACAACAAGUACAAAUACAACUGCUAUAGGUGAGUGUCAGCGCCGGGGGGGGGGGGGGGGGGGGGGGGGGGGGGGGGGGGGAGAGGUGAUGGUUGUGGGGCCUAAUCCAGUGGUAAAAAAAAAAAAUAGUUGGUAACAAAACAAGACAAAAAGUGGGGGAUCUAGGUUCCUUUUGUGUUCAUUAACAACCUCCAUGACAUAUGUGUGAUAUAGGGACUGUUUGCUGCUGGGAGGCCUCAACAGCGGUACCAGUUUUGUGUCUGGCUUCGCAAUAUUUUCCGUCCUGGGCUUCAUGGCACAAGAGCAAGGGGUGGACAUUGCCGAUGUGGCAGAGUCAGGUACGAGGUGGUCAAAGUGGCAGUGAUGGUGGGCACUGCUACUUAAAAUAAACAAACAACAAAUAAACAAACAAAUAAACAACAACAGUUGCUGGUUCUAUCCAACAGAAAUAAUACAAAAUCUAAAAUAUUAAAUGUAAAGAAAGAAGUGGAUUUAUUUUUCGUUAAAGACGGCAUCGAAAUAUGGAAGUUUCAGCAAUCAAACACUCAUUGACAGAAAUAAAAUACCAAGUUACAGCGUUCAGUGCUUCUGUAUGACGUGGAUUUCACAGAGUUGGAUCUGGUUGGAUUCGUCAAGCAAUCGAGUGAAAUGCUGGUGGAAAAAAUUGUUUUACUGUUAAAUUGGAUAUUGUCCAGAACGCUAGGGAGCGAAGAGUCAAGCCAUUCCUGAGAGAUCCAUCAUGACCUUUUCUUCUCACGAUUACCAGUAGAUUUAAGUGUCCUGCUCCAGCCUGUUCCAACAGAUAUUUACUGUAUGAGAGUCAGUAAUCAAAGGACAUCUUGUGCCAAGUUAACACCAAAAAAACUAAAGAAGUCUGACUCUUAGGUACUUAAUUAUGUAUUUAAGUAAGGUCUAGCAUACUUAUCCAUCUUUUACAAUGUUAUUUUCAGUUCAGUGGUUGCUGCCCAUGGUGGAUUCUAUACGUUCUGUUUUCUCAUUGUAAAAGUAUUGUAUUGGGACAAUAAUAAUAAGCAUGAUCUAUCAACGCUAUUACUUUGAAAACGUAAUUAUUCUUCUCCUGUGGAUUUACAAGAGACAUGCAUCAGUGUUGAUGAUGUUUUUAGUUUUUUUCUUCUGUAAUUAAGAAAAAAAAACACCCCUCAUUUCUCCGGAAAUACAUUAUGAUAUGACAUAUGGGUCUUUUUGUUUUUAAUACGCUGCAAUCCUGUAUUGUUGACCCCCUCUGGCAGUGUUUAGUCAGCCUGGACAGUCUCCUCUGGCCUUGAACACUCUCUAUCCCAGUGCAGGAGGCUGUACAGGGCGUUCCUGCCUGAAUACAGAGAUGCAGUGAAUGUAUGUAGGAAAAUAAAUAUUUUCUUCAUAUGGAUGAAACUAAUCUAGUUGAUUAGUUGACUGAUCUAGAGCAAUGCUACUGUAAGUAGUUUAAUAGAAGUAAUCCAAGGAGUUUCGACAGGAGAGUAUUGGUACACAGUACUGUAGAUGGUUUGUGAUACCAUAUUGAAGCUUACACCUUGUGCUGUAAGGACUGACAUAAGGUGUAUAGUACACUGGGGAAGAGAAAAGUUGGUCUUAAACCUGAAUAAGUUUUAUUUUAGGGAGAUGCAGAGUAGAUUCAGAUUUGCACCAACGCUGAGGGUGAUACAUAUGUUCUGCAGGCGACGCUGUUACCCGCUAGACCAGCCUCAAGCACGAGAGAGGCUUUUAUUUCGUCAUUAUUAUUACUGAAGUAUCAAAGCCAGCUCAGGCAGUCUGCUAGCUAGUCAUGUCGUGUUUGGUUGGAUGCCAGUUAAACCAACUUUAUGCUAUGUGUUUGCUGUACUUCCUGUUUUGUUUUUUAACUUCUGUUGUAACAGGUUAUCCCAACGUUAUAACGCCACGUUAUCGAGACGUUGCUAUAGUUACAAUCGAGAAGAGGCGACGUAUGUUGCCUCUGAUCCUGCCAUUGUUAUUAUAUACUAUAUAUUCUACUAUAUACUAUACUAGUCAUGUUAUAUACUAGCCUAUAUAUUCUACUAUAUACUAUACUAGUUAUGUUAUAUACUAGCCUAUAUAUUCUGCUAUAUACUAUACUAGUUAUGUUAUAUACUAGCCUAUAUAAUCUGCUAUAUACUAUACUAGUUAUGUUAUAUACUAGCCUAUAUAUUCUACUAUAUAUUAUACUAGUCAUGUUAUAUACUAGCCUAUAUAUUCUGCUAUAUACUAUACUAGUCAUGUUAUACACUAGCCUAUAUAUUCUGCUAUAUACUAUACUAGUUAUGUUAUAUACUAGCCUAUAUAUUCUGCUAUAUACUAUACUAGUUAUGUUAUACACUAGCCUAUAUAUUCUACUAGUGUAGUGUAAUUAUUAUAUUGAUAUAGCUGUUGAUAUUGGAUGAACACCGUAAUGCUAUUGUAAGGCUACGUUGACCUUCUUUGAUAGUUCUUGUCAUAACAUGAAUCCCUAGUCUUGCCAGGAGCCAUAAGUUAAAAGAGCAUUAACAAUGCAUUACACUUACAUGGCCUUACGUUUAUGAUUGUUGAGGAUAAGAUGAGACAAGACAAGACAGAUUUACACCUUGAGGAUUUUUUUUAUUUCUUAACAUUCGAGUUUGGUCUGUGCUAUACUUGGGCGCACCACGGUGGCAUCAGACCAGAUCAAACGAUAGAACCCUGGUUUCUAAUUGUGUUUUCUCCACUUCCCCAUCCCCCUCUCUCUUCUUGUUCCUCUCUAGGUCCUGGCUUGGCCUUCAUUGCCUAUCCUAAAGCUGUGUCUAUGAUGCCGCUGCCCACCUUCUGGGCUAUCCUCUUCUUCAUCAUGCUUCUGCUACUGGGUCUCGACAGUCAGGUCAGUAGUCUGCUCACUAUGAAUCAAGAAUCAGAAUCAGAAUCUGAAUCAGUCAGGUCAGCACUAUAAUCAUUAUGAAUCAAGAAUCUGAAUCUGAGUCUGAAUCAGUCAGGUCAGUACUAUAAUCAUUAUGAAUCAAGAAUCAGAAUCUGAGUCUGAAUCAGUCAGGUCAGUACUAUAUUCAUUAUGAAACAAGAAUCAGAAUCUGAAUCUGAAUCAGUCAGGUCAGCACUAUAAUCAUUAUGAAUCAAGAAUCAGAAUCUGAGUCUGAAUCAGUCAGGUCAGUACUAUAUUCAUUAUGAAUCAAGAAUCUGAAUCUGAGUCUGAGUCUGAAUCUGAGUCUGAGUCUGAUUCUGAUUCUGAAUCUAAGUCUGAAUCGGAAUCUGAGACAGACAGGUCAGGUCAGGUCGUUAUGACAACAGUAGUAAGCAAGUUUAUUUAGACCAGUCAUAUGAACACUGAAAUGAUGAAACAAGUUUAUUUAGACCAGUCAUAUGAACACUGAAAUGAUGAAACAAGUUUAUUUAGACCAGUCAUAUGAACACUGAAAUGAUGAAACAAGUUUAUUUAGACCAGUCAUAUGAACACUGAAAUGAUGAAACAAGUUUAUUUAGACCAGUCAUAUGAACACUGAAAUGAUGAAACAAGUUUAUUUAGACCAGUCAUAUGAACACUGAAAUGAUGAAACAAGUUUAUUUAGACCAGUCAUAUGAACACUGAAAUGAUGAAACAAGUUUAUUUAGACCAGUCAUAUGAACACUGAAAUGAUGAAACAAGUUUAUUUAGACCAGUCAUAUGAACACUGAAAUGAUGAAACAAGUUUAUUUAGACCAGUCAUAUGAACACUGAAAUGAUGAAACAAGUUUAUUUAGACCAGUCAUAUGAACACUGAAAUGAUGAAACAAGUUUAUUUAGACCAGUCAUAUGAACACUGAAAUGAUGAAACAAGUUUAUUUAGACCAGUCAUAUGAACACUGAAAUGAUGAAACAAGUUUAUUUAGACCAGUCAUAUGAACACUGAAAUGAUGAAACAAGUUUAUUUAGACCAGUCAUAUGAACACUGAAAUGAUGAAACAAGUUUAUUUAGACCAGUCAUAUGAACACUGAAAUAAUGAAACAAGUUUAUUUAGACCAGUCAUAUGAACACUGAAAUGAUGAAACAAGUUUAUUUAGACCAGUCAUAUGAACACUGAAAUGAUGAAACAAGUUUAUUUAUACCAGUCAUAUGAACACUGAAAUGAUGAAACAAGUUUAUUUAGACCAGUCAUAUUAACACUGAAAUGAUGAAACAAGUUUAUUUAGACCAGUCAUAUGAACACUGAAAUGAUGAAACAAGUUUAUUUAGACCAGUCAUAUGAACACUGAAAUGAUGAAACAAGUUUAUUUUGACCAGUCAUAUGAACACUGAAAUGAUGAAACAAGUUUAUUUAGACCAGUCAUAUGAACACUGAGAUAAUGAAACUUAAUACACUUGAUGGACUUGUAAGUUGUAAGUUUCAUGAUGAGACAGUAAGUCAGUUUAUUGAUCAUAUGAGUCAUAUGAUUGCCGAGAUGGUGAAACUAUAUCAUGGGUGGUCUGAUGCUACUGUACAACACUGUACAGACGUAUCAUACUAUACUAUUACAUAUCUAUACAUAGGUGUCUGGGAUUCCAUAGACUUAACAUCGACAAGUUUUAAUGUAUUGGCUACUGUACAACAGUGUACACAAGUAUAAUGUGCUAGUAUAGUUCCAGCUUUGUCUAGACUCUACUGUGUACACUAGGUAGGUGGUAGUUGAGGACACUAGACAACGGGAGAGGAAAAACAAAACAAGGAUACACAUGCUACAUCAGUUGUAGCUAGAAAACGUAGCGGCUCUAUCCAAUCAGAUCCGAUUUAGCCAACACCCCGCAUGGCGGUUGUUUUGACGGUGCUCGGAGUUGGAACUGCGUCAAAUUCACAAGUGGCUCCCCGGCGUCAUACCUGAAGUGGACAUCGCCGCUGGCUCGCCAACGGCGUCGCAUUAACAGAAAUCCUCAUGCAGCAUUUGUUUACAAGUUGGAACACUGGAAUGUGAGAUGUUAUCUACCUCGAUGAGACUGAUAGAAAAUCCUCAUUCCUUUUCAAUUUGAGUGUAAUUAUUUCUAAAUGAUUUCUACAAUUUCUCGUUCUGAAUUUCUAACGCGAGUGGGGUGGGUGUGGCUUCGAUGCAAGCUGCUCGCGCAAUUUGACGGCUCCAACGCAGUUCUAGCAGUUCCGUUUCCGACGCCGCCAAAAACACCAACGCCAUGCGGGUGUCUGCCAUGGCCAGUUAACACUCGAUCUGAUUGAAUCUAGGCCUAGAAGCCGCUUUGGCAGAAUCGCUGGGUGAGCUGAAGCAAGAAGUGAUAGGUAAAAAAACAAACACUGUUUAUUGGCAACUGCUGAGUGUUGUGUCACUGUCAAUUAAGUUGGUCAACCUCAACAAUAUCAAAUUUCUCUGUCCUGGUGAAAUUCAACACUCUGCUAAGUCAUUAAUCCUUAGUCAUAUAUAUAUAUAUAUAUAUAUAUGCCAUUGAGCAGAUGCUUUUAUCCUAAGCGAAUUACAGUCAUUCGUGCAUACAUUUUAUAUAUGGAGUGGCCCCAACAGGAGAUGAACCCAUUACCCAUGUUGCAAUGCUCUACCAACUGAGCCACACAGGUCCACUAUUUGGAUACAGGAAGGCAACUGUAUUACAUAACAUGAUUUAGACUACCCAGAUACAUAACACAUGAAACACAAAAACUAUGUUUUAAGUGAGGCGUUAGGGCUGGUCUGAAGCAUGAGGUCUAACUUCACCUAUGCUCAACCAGCGUUGUUCAGCACAGAGCUUUGACUUACUACAGUAGCUAAGUUGUUCUAUUGUACUACAGACAACAUGUACUCACCACAGGUCAGGUUACUUACAGAUGUAGGGUCUUAAUUUGAUCACCCUGUUGCAGGAGAACUUUUCUACAAUGCAGGAAAUGUAAAACUUGUAGUGCAUUUGAGGAUUGAAAAGGCUUCACAAGUUUGUAAUUUCCACUUUGAAAUUUCAGACUUGAUUUUCGCUCACGAAAAAAUGUAUCAACCCCUACAGAAAUGUCCAUUAGUUAUAAUCCACAUAAUAAUUCACAUUUCCUGUUGCUGCAGGAGUAUUUUCCUGCUGUACCAAACUGGCUCAUAUUAGGAUUCAAACCUUCUCAAACAGCCUAAUUAAAUUGUAACUGACCCCCAACCCUGAUCACAACAUUGUUAGCCUAUCAGAUCGACUGUAUAGUAUGCUAACUGAGUACUAACGAGAUCUCUUGUCUCUGUGUCGUCUUUCUGUCCCCAGUUUGUGGAAGUGGAAGGACAGAUCACUUCCUUGGUGGAUCUGUAUCCCUCCUUCCUAAGGAAGGGUUACCGUCGGGAAAUUUUUAUAGCUAUUGUGUGCUCCAUAAGCUAUCUUCUGGGACUUACCAUGGUUACUAGGGUAAGUACUAUAUUCUAGUAGUGUACUUUCAUUUUUUACACUGAUAUCAUAUUGUUGUACUAGUGUUACUAAAGUAAGGUCUAGUUAAUGUAUUUUCCUACACAAGAUACUGUAUUACAAAUGUCCAGUCUAGUCAACUACUUUAGCUACACCAGAAUGAAUACAAAAUGAUCUGACUAAAGUUAGUUCUAUCUAGUAUUAUGCUUUGCCCUAUUGUACUAUGGUCUCUGCUAUUACUGGUGUCUCCAUUAUUAGCAUCCAUAACAAUGCAGGCUAUAGAAAUAUUAGGGCAUAACAUACAAUACAAGAUACAGUGCCACAUGGGCAGUACAGUAAAUAGCUACUCCCUGAUGCAGUGGUUCCCAAACUGGGGUUCAAGUGGCCCCAGGGGCACUCAGGUCAGAGCCAGUGAGUACAAGUUUCAGAACCACUACUGCCCUAAUGAAUAGAGAAAAAAAAGUAUUGAGGGGAUUAUUAAUAAACUUCAGAAUUCCCCCAGCAACAAGAGUCCCAUAGAUACAGUUCCACUUCUUCAAUUCCUCCCUUCUCAUGUCAGCCAGUCCCUCAUCAUAGCGCCGGUAAAUACGCUGGUGUAGUUUCAGAGCUUCCUCAUGGCCUACUGUACGGUCUAUUUAGAGACAUUUCACACUUAACUCGAUGUCUUUAAUCUCCAAUCCACUCUUUAUUUUUAACGGCUCUGAAAACCUCCCUGCCUCUCGGCCUCACAAUGUAGAAACAAGCAUGUGAUGCCCCUCACGCAGACCUUACCCAACCACAGUCAUUCCCUAGGCCUACCUCACUAAAUCCCCCUAGACAGCAAGGGAGUCAGGGAUUUACUGCUUUAUGUGUUGUUGUUUUUUUCUCAUGACAUCACAAUCUCAUGCUGCCUCUCACUGAGUGCUCUGUUGGGAGUUGGAACUCGGGACGGCUCAAGGUUCCGUUGGGCUGUUCCGUUGGAACAUGGCUGGUCCCAAACGGCAUCCUAUAUGACCCCAUUAUAUAUGUAGAGUCAAAAUAAGUGCAUUCUGCGGCAACACAUAAAAUGACCCUAUUCAUUGAGUUAAUGGUAAUGACCUCCAUCUCAUCUGAUCCAUACAACAAAUCAUCUAUUUUCUGUGACAAUUUUGUUUUAUAGAUUAGGGUUUAUUUGAAAUAUUUUCAUAGUUUUCAUAGUUCCUUACUCACGAUGGUUAAUUUGUGUGUCCCGUGCCAGAAAUAUAUAUAUUUUUUAGCUCAGGUAAAAUCAUAGACUGUAAAAAAUAAUGGAUGGAGCCAUCGAUGACGACACCCCAUUGUUUCCAAUGUAAAGUCUCAGUGGCGCAUUUGAAGAUCAGGAAGUGUUGUUUUAGCGUGUUGCCAACUUGCUUCAUGGAGGAGUUUUUGGAAACAUUUCAUGCGUAGGUUGAGCUACUCUAGGAAGUGACGUUGCAGGCUGUCGGUAGCCGCUAAAUGAUCCUUAUAACUUCUGUGUGCGGUUUUAAAAUACUCGGUGCAAGGACAUACAUCUGGUUAAAUCGAAGCAAGUAUUGGUACCAUGAUCGUAUCUGGUUAAAUCGAAGCAAGUAUUGGUACAAUGAUCGUGUUCGGGAAAAAAAAUGUGUAUAUCCACGAAUAUUGACCAUGAAGAUCAUGGUGAUUUACAGUGGCUUGCGAAAGUAUUCACCUCCCUUGGCAUUUUUCCUAUUGUCUUACAACCUGGAAUUAAAAUGGAUUUUUUGGGGGUUUGUAUCAUUUGAUUUACACAACAUGCCUACCACUUUGAAGAUGCAAAAUAUUUUUGGGGGUGAAACAAACAUGAAAUAAGACAAAAAAGCAGAAAACAUGAGCGUGCAUAACUAUAUAUAUACUGAGAUCAUGUAACACUUAGAUUGUACACAGGUGGACUUUAUUUAACUAAUUAUGUGACUUCUGAAAGUAAUUGGUUGCACCAGAUCUUAUUUAGGGGCUUCAUAGCAAAGGGGGUGAAUACAUAUGCACGCACAACUUUUCCGUUAUUUAUUUUUUAUAAUUUUUUGAAAUAAGUUAUUUUUUUCAUUCCACUUCACCAAUUUGGACUAUUUUGUGUAUGUCCAUUACAUGAAAUCCAAAUAAAAAUCCAUUUAAAUUACAGGUUGUAAUGCAACAAAAUAGGAAAAACGCCAAGGAGGAUGAAUACUUUUGCAAGGCACUGUAUACUCCCAUUGACUAUAAUGGGCGAUCCUGCUUUCUGAAAACAUUGCCUGCAGUAUCCCGAUCGGCCUUGAACUUGAAAUCCUCAAUGAGAGGGGUCAGUAAUUUUUCCCUGGGUAAAAUAGGUCUUUAGUUUUGAACGGUUUGGGCUACGAGCGGUUUUCUGAAUUGUAAAGAUGCAACCACGGACACAAAGCUCCAUUUGUUUCUAUGGCAGAGGCUGUAGCAUACUUUAGUCUGACCUGUGCUAAUGGUUUUCACAGAUGAAGUAAAAUGAUGCAAAUGACUUUGCUCGUGAAGCGCGCGCGGCCCCUCAAAUGAUACAAAUGUAACUGAGUACACAGGACUUGAAACAACCACACACACAGAUGUAACCACGUUUUAAUGUUUUAAUCCGACCAGCACAAGUCAACAUUCCACAGGUGCAUUCCACAGGUCACGUUUGUAAGUGAGUGAUCAAAAAACAAUAAUCAAGAUUAGGAAAACGUUUCACGGCACACCAGUUGGUAACCACUGAUGUAGGAAAUAGGGUGCCAUUUGGAACGCAAACGUGUGUAUUCUCCCACCACUAGCCUAGUGGCCUAUGCACUCUCCAGCCCUAGACUACAGUAUACUUACUUCGACUGUACACCUAUGCAUGAAAUCCUACAUUCCAACAUGCCCAAGCACUAAAUCAUGUCUGUUUCUCUCUCCCACAGGGUGGCAUGUAUGUGUUUCAACUCUUUGACUACUAUGCAGCCAGCGGUGUGUGCCUUUUGUGGGUUGCAUUCUUUGAAUGUAUUGCUGUAUCGUGGGUUUAUGGUACGUGUACUCUACUCUGGACAAAAUGCUCUGUGUGUCUGUAUAGGAACUGUGGACGUUUAAUGUCCUCAGGCUCUACGUCAGUUAAAUGUAUCAUUUUAGUCAUUUAGCAGACGCUCUUAACCAGAGAGACAUACAGGAGCAAUUAGGGUUAAGUGUCUUGCUCAAGGGCACAUUGACAGAUUUUUCACCUAGGCGACAUGGGGAUUCGAACCAAUGACCUUUCGGUUACUGGCCCAUUGUCUUAAGCACUAGGCUACCUUUAUAAUACUUUACAAUCACAACUAGUCAAGCUAUAUAGAGGUUUUAUAGUUAUGUCUCGAGUGCAACAAAUAUAUUUUAUCUCUGAUACAAUUUAUUGUUGCAUUAUAUCAACUGACACUGCCAAAAUAGAGCGAGUGAAGUGCAAGAGUUGGUUCAGGAUUUUUUAAUUUUUUUAUUUAAAUUUAUUUAUUUCACCUUUAUUUAACCAGGUAAGCCAGUUGAGAACAAGUUCUCAUUUACAACUGCGACCUGGCCAAGAUAAAGCAAAGCAGUGCGUUAAAAACAACAACAACACAGAGUUACAUAUGGAAUAAACAAAACGCACAGUCAAAAACACAAUAGAAAAUCUAUAUACACAUGUGACCAAAUGCUCCCUAUUUAUUUAUGUUCUCCUCCAAUCAGGCGUUGAUAAUUUCUAUGAUGCGAUUGAAGACAUGAUUGGCUACAGACCAAAUCCCUGGAUGAAAUGGAGCUGGUCUGUGAUCACGCCUCUUCUUUGUGUGGUGAGUCUAUGUUAAUUAAAAUACAGACUUCGUCCAAAAUGGCAGCCCCUACUGUAUAUAAUGGCACCCUACCCCUACCCUAUGGGCCCUGGUCAAAAGAAGUGCACUACAUAUGGAAUAGGGUGCCCUUUGGGACGCUGUCCUACAAACCUCCCAUACUGAAAGGAAAGAGAGUGCUGUAUCUGCAAAUGUCUGUCAUUCCAUCCUCCCACACAUAAACAUUAUACUACAACAGCAGCAGUGUGUGUGUGUGUGUGUGUGUGUGUGUGUGUGUGUGUGUGUGUGUGUGUGUGUGUGUGUGUGUGUGUGUGUGUGUGUGUGUGUGUGUGUGUGUGUGUGUGUGUGUGUGUGUGUGUGUGUGUGUGUGUGUGUGUGUGUGUGUGUGUGUGUGUGUGUGUGUGUGUGUGUGUGUGUGUUUGAGUUGUGUUUGAGUUGUGUUUGAGUUUGUGUGUGUCCUCUCUGGAUUUGAUGUGAAAAUCCACACUUGACUCAGUGAGCUGAACAACGUUAAGCCCCAGAUGGAAGGGCCAUCUGUCUAUCCACAAUAGCAUCAACCCCCAAGCCAUAAUGCUGCUAAAUAGCCAUCAAAAUGGCUGCUUGGACUAUCUGCACUGACUCUUCUAUUUGAUUUCUGCACUGACUCUAUGCACACAUUACACACUCACUCACACUGACACUCCAACACACACACACACACACACACACACACACACACACACACACUCAAACACUUCAUUUGCUCACACACACAUAACACGCACACAAAUUCAUACUGACUCUACACACACGCACACACACUCACAUACGAUCUCAUAUACGCUGCUGCUACUCUGGUAAUCAUAUAUCCUGAUGCCUAGUCACCUUACUGCUAUACAUAUCAACCUCUAUCGAUCCAGUAUCCCUGUAUAUUGUAAAAUGGUAUUGGGACUGACCCUGUAUAUAGCUACUGACCCUGGAACUGACCCUGUAUAUAGCUACUGACCCUGGAACUGUCCCUGUAUAUAGCUACUGACCCUGGAACUGUCCCUGUAUAUAGCUACUGACCCUGGAACUGUCCCUGUAUAUAGCUACUGACCCUGGAACUGACCCUGUAUAUAGCUACUGACCCUGGAACUGUCACUGCAUAUAGCUACUGACCCUGGAACUGUCCCUGUAUAUAGCUACUGACCCUGGAACUGACCCUGUAUAUAGCUACUGACCCUGGAACUGUAUAUAGCUACUGACCCCGGAACUGUCCCUGUAUAUAGCUACUGACCCGGGAACUGUCCCUGCAUAAAGCUACUGACCCUGGAACUGUCCCUGCAUAUAGCUACUGACCCUGGAACUGUCCCUGUAUAUAGCUACUGACCCUGGAACUGACCCUGUAUAUAGCUACUGACCCUGGAACUGUAUAUAGCUACUGACCCUGGAACUGUAUAUAGCUACUGACCCUGGAACUGUCCCUGUAUAUAGCUACUGACCCUGGAACUGUCCCUGUAUAUAGCUACUGACCCUGGAACUGACCCUGUAUAUAGCUACUGACCCUGGAACUGUAUAUAGCUACUGACCCCGGAACUGUCCCUGUAUAUAGCUACUGACCCGGGAACUGUCCCUGCAUAUAGCUACUGACCCUGGAACUGUCCCUGCAUAUAGCUACUGACCCUGGAACUGUCCCUGUAUAUAGCUACUGACCCUGGAACUGACCCUGUAUAUAGCUACUGACCCUGGAACUGUAUAUAGCUACUGACCCUGGAACUGUCCCUGUAUAUAGCUACUGACCCUGGAACUGACCCUGUAUAUAGCUACUGACCCUGGAACUGACCCUGUAUAUAGCUACUGACCCUGGAACUGUCCCUGUAUAUACAGUGGGGAAAAAAAGUAUUUAGUCAGCCACCAAUUGUGCAAGUUCUCCCACUUAAAAAGAUGAGAGAGGCCUGUAAUUUUCAUCAUAUGUACACGUCAACUAUGACAGACAAAAUGAGAAAAAAAAAUCCAGAAACUCACAUUGUAGGAUUUUUAAUGAAUUUAUUUGCAAAUUAUGGUGGAAAAUAAGUAUUUGGUCAACUUCAAACAAGCAAGAUUUCUGGCUCUCACAGACCUGUAACUUCUUCUUUAAGAGGCUCCUCUGUCCUCCACUCGUUACCUGUAUUAAUGGCACCAGUUUGAACGUGUUAUCAGUAUAAAAGACACCUGUCCACAACCUCAAACAGUCACACUCCAAACUCCACUAUGGCCAAGACCAAAGAGCUGUCAAAGGACACCAGAAACAAAAUUGUAGACCUGCACCAGGCUGGGAAGACUGAAUCUGCAAUAGGUAAGCAGCUUGGUUUGAAAAAAUCUACUGUGGGAGCAAUUAUUAAGAAAUGGAAGACAUACAAGACCACUGAUAAUCUCCCUCGAUCUGGGGCUCCACGCAAGAUCUCACCCAGUGGGGUCAAAAUGAUCACAAGAACGGUGAGCAAAAAUCCCAGAACCACACGGGGGGACCUAGUGAAUGACCUGCAGAGAGCUGGGACCAAAGUAACAAGCCUACCAUCAGUAACACACUGCGCCGCCAGGGACUCAAAUCCUGCAGUGUCAGACGUGUCCCCCUGCUUAAGCCAGUACAUGUCCAGGCCCGUCUGAAGUUUGCUAGAGUGCAUUUGGAUGAUCCAGAAGAGGAUUGGGAGAAUGUCAUAUGGUCAGAUGAAACCAAAAUAUAACUUUUUGGUAAAAACUCAACUCGUUGUGUUUGGAGGACAAAGAAUGCUGAGUUGCAUCCAAAGAACACCAUACCUACUGUGAAGCAUGGGGGUGGAAACAUCAUGCUUUGGGGCUGUUUUUCUGCAAAGGGACCAGGACGACUGAUCCGUGUAAAGGAAAGAAUGAAUGGGGCCAUGUAUCGUGAGAUUUUGAGUGAAAACCUCCUUCCAUCAGCAAGGGCAUUGAAGAUGACACGUGGCUGGGUCUUUCAGCAUGACAAUGAUCCCAAACACACCGCCCGGGCAACGAAGGAGUGGCUUCGUAAGAAGCAUUUCAAGGUCCUGGAGUGGCCUAGCCAGUCUCCAGAUCUCAAUCCCAUAGAAAAUCUUUGGAGGGAGUUGAAAGUCUGUGUUGCCCAGUGACAGCCCCAAAACAUCACUGCUCUAGAGGAGAUCUGCAUGGAGGAAUGGGCCAAAAUACCAGCAACAGUGUGUUAAAACCUUGUGAAGACUUACAUAAAACGUUUGACCUGUGUCAUUGCCAACAAAGGGUAUAUAACAAAGUAUUGAGAAACUUUUGUUAUUGACCAAAUACUUAUUCUCCACCAUCAUUUGCAAAUAAAUUCAUUAAAAAUCCUACAAUUUGAUUUUCUGGACAAUUUUUUCUCAUUUUGUCUGUCAUAGUUGACGUGUACCUAUGAUGAAAAUUACAGGCCUCUCUCAUCUUUUUAAGUGGGAGAACUUGCACAAUUGGCGGCUGACUAAAUACUUUUUUUCCCCACUGUACAUUUACAUUUUUACAUUUAGCAGACGCUCUUAUCCAGAGCGACUUACAGUUAGUGAAUACAUAUUUUUUUUAUACUGGCCCCCCGUGGGAAUCGAACCCACAACCCUGGCGUUGCAAACGCCAUGCUCUAUCAACUGAGCUACAUCCCUGCCGGCCAUUCCCUCCCCUACCCUGGACAACGCUGGGCCAAUUGUGCGCCGCCCAUGAGUCUCCCGGUCGCGGCCGGCUGCGACAGAGCCUGGAUUCGAACCAGGAUCUCUAGUGGCACAGUUAGCACUGCGAUGCAGUGCCUUAGACCACUGCGCCACUCAGGAGCCCAAUAUAGCUACUGACCCUGGAUCUGUCCCUGUAUAUAGCUACUGACCCUGGAACUGUCCCUGUAUAUAGCUACUGACCCUGGAACUGUCCCUGUAUAUAGCUACUGACCCUGGAACUGUCCCUGUAUAUAGCUACUGACCCUGGAACUGUCCCUGUAUAUAGCUACUGACCCUGGAACUGACCCUGUAUAUAGCUACUGACCCUGGAUCUGUCCCUGUAUAUAGCUACUGACCCUGGAACUGACCCUGUAUAUAGCUACUGACCCUGGAACUGACCCUGUAUAUAGCUACUGACCCUGGAACUGUCCCUGUAUAUAGCUACUGACCCUGGAACUGUCCCUGUAUAUAGCUACUGACCCUGGAACUGUCCCUGUAUAUAGCUACUGACCCUGGAACUGUCCCUGUAUAUAGCUACUGACCCUGGAACUGUCCCUGUAUAUAGCUACUGACCCUGGAACUGUCCCUGUAUAUAGCUACUGACCCUGGAACUGUCCCUGUAUAUAGCUACUGACCCUGGAACUGUCCCUGUAUAUAGCUACUGACCCUGGAACUGACCCUGUAUAUAGCUACUGACCCUGGAACUGUCCCUGUAUAUAGCUACUGACCCUGGAACUGUCCCUGUAUAUAGCUACUGACCCUGUAUAUAGCUACUGACCCUGGAACUGUCCCUGUAUAUAGCUACUGACCCUGGAACUGUCCCUGUAUAUAGCUACUGACCCUGGAACUGUCCCUGUAUAUAGUGUAGGUUACUUACUUUCUCGUGUUCUACUUUACUUUAUUUUAUAGUACGAUAUAUUGAUAUUUAUUACUGCAUUGUUGGGAUAAGCGCUUGCAAGAAAGGCAUUUCACUCUACUUGUGCACGUGUCAAUAAAAACGUGAAACUUGCCUGCUGAGAGAAGAGAGGAGAGGGGGAGGGAGAAGAGAGGGGAGGGAGAGGGAGAAGAGAGGGGAAGACUGGAUGAGAGGAGGGGAGAGAAGAGAGGGGGAAGACUGGAUGAGAGGAGGGGAGAGAAGAGAGGGGAAGACUGGAUGAGAGGAGGGGAGAGAAGAGAGGAGAGGGAGAGGGAGAAGAGAGGGGAAGACUGGAUGAGAGGAGGGGAGAGAAGAGAGGAGCGGUUAGAGGGAGAAGAGGAGGGGGAGAGGAGAGAUAGACAGUGGACUAGUUCCUAUCUGAGCUUUCGGGUUAGGGUCUUAAAUUGGGGUGUGGGGUGGGAGGUCCUAGGCUAAUUUGCCUAACAACAGUGGCCAGGUCUCCUCUCUAAAGCCUUAUCACUGCUUUGUAAAGUCACAUUCACUCCUGCGUUGCCCUGCGUCCCUGGUGGUUAAAGGGUGACUAACUGGUGGCUGGUGGUAAAACUGUGUGUGCGGUGCUGGAUUAAAACUGUUGAGGCAUUUGGGAAAUGUGGCGCUUGGCUCCGUCCUUAGGCUAAUCCCAUUUAAUCCCCUUAACGACCAGGAAAACAUAGUGCUAAUUGCUCUCAUGAGACGGACUAAGGGGGAGACUAAGGAGAGUUUGAGGAGAAUGAGAGGGAAUAAGGAGAAUUUGAGGAGAUGUUUGUGAAUGUCAAUUACUAACAGCCCUGAUGUUAUUGUGGUGUUAGACACCAUCCCCCGGAUAUGACUGUAGCCUUAUUAUCAAUUUAGUCAAUAAUUGUUUUAGUUCAAAAAAAAUAGUCGUUUGUUUGAAGGAAGUGACAGAUACGGUUUCCAUCACUACAUUCUUAUUAAUAAAAUAAAAAAAUACAAUAUGUGCUUUUAGUCUUAACUUCCAAGGAGGACGCUUUCGGAAGAUCCUUGUCACGAGUGUCAGUUGAAUGCGGUGGAUCGAAGUCAGGCGCAGGACACAGAACUCAUUGAAACGUACUUUACUGAAAUAAGUAAAGAAACCAAUAAAAAAAUACCUCCACACACAGGGAGGAACAAACCCGCUCACCAAACGACACACGAAACGAAAUAACAAACACGCACAAAACACAACGGGAGCCACCGGGUUAAAUAGGGAAGGAGGUAAUCACAUGAUGGGCAACAGGUGUGUAACAAUCAGACAACAACAGGUAGAACAUAGAAACAGAGAACAUAGAUCGGCAGUAGCUAGUACUCCGGUGACGACGAACGCCGAAGCCUGCCCGAGCAAGGAGGAGGGGCAGCCUCGGCAGAAUCCGUGACAAUCCUUUGUUUGGAGAUGCUAAUAGUGAGUCAGGACCAGGUCUGUUGCGGUGACCGUAGUUACCGCCACACCGCCGGUCACGAGUCAUGGAGGCAGGAUGUCUUCUUUCUUCAGCAGUUGUGUCAGAAUACAGUGCUCUGUCCUUCCAGAACCAUGACUGCUGUACAGAAAUACUAGCUAACUCAUUAUGAUAAAAGAGAGCCGUGCUACGUUCUUACGGUGCUGAAUGUCAAAAGAUGUAAUAUUUGAAGAAGUAUAACGUUCACCAUAUACAUUGUGAUUUAAAAUGGAAUCCUCUAGACUAGCACCAGCUUGUAUUUCAACACAGUAUUUCAUCUCAAAUUCAACAUUUCACAGUGCUUUAAAGUUCAGACUGUGUCCCGAGGCUAAAUGUGAAGUGGUAUAAUUAUAGUGUGUUGUUAUUGGGGCUGUUGCGGUGACCGUAUUACCGCCACACCGGCAGUCACGAGUCAUGAAGGCAGUCAAAUUCCACGUGACCGUUUGGUCACAGUAAUUAGGCUUCUCCAAGCUCUGAUGCUGCUGAUGGUCAUUAAUAGCCAACCAAACUUGCUAACUGCCUGGUACUCAGCACUCUAUUGUCCCCGUAAUCACCCUGACGUCAAUGCAAAUGUAAUGGAAAAUCUAAUCAAACACUUCAUGAGAGCCCAUGUUAUCAUGUUGUGCAACAUUUCUAUAGGCUAUGCAAUUGCGGGAGAAAACAGAGUGAUGGCCUCUAUUAAAAAGAGGAGGAUCCCAUCAGCUUUCUAUAGGCUAGGCCUACUAUAUUUAUUUAUCAAAUCUCCUAAUAUUAAGCACAUUGCUUAUAUUUACAACAGGAGUAUAGCCUACCUGGCUGGCAUGAAAAUGAACCACGGGAAAAGCCUCCUCCAUUCACUAUUUAAGUGCAUAGAUGACAUGUAUUUUUCCCACUGCCCCUGUUUUCGAGACAAGUGCAUGAUAAUGUUCCAUUCUAAAUCAAAACAGAUUUCACAAGAUUAAAUCAAGAAUAGUCCCGUGUAGCUCAGUUGGUAGAGCAUGGCGCUUGCAACUCCAGGGUUGUGGGUUCGUUUCCCACGGGGGGCCAGUAUGAAAGUGUAUGCACUCACUAACUGUAAGUCGCUUUGGAUAAGAGCGUCUGCUAAAUUACUAAAAUGUAAAUGUAAAAUAGUCUGACGGGUGACGAUAUUAGCCAGAUAUUAGAUAUUAUUCACUUGUGAAUGAUAUAUUAUCACCUGUGGCAAGAAACAAUGCAUUUUUUUGCGACUUUUUCCAAUCAUAGUCGCACCCCUCAUGUAGCCUAGCCCAUAGGCCUAUAUGUUUUGAUAAGGUUUCUAUCACAACUAAAGUGGCCAAAUAACUUCUUAAAAUGAAGCACAUUAAUCUGCUUUACAACGGGUGUAGAGCCUAACUGGCAUACAUAAGCAGCGUGUGAGUUUCAAGUUUGGGGAAGAUAAUGUUCACCAUAAAAAUGCACCUUUUAUAAUAAAAGCAUUACAUACAAAAUCGCAUUUGCAGUCACUUUUGAUAAUGGUGUUUUCCCGCUAAUGGAACACUAGCGCUUAUAGUCUACUGCCGUGUGCUCAUUGCUGCGCUUAUAAUGUGAAGAAAUAGCCUAAUAGUUCAUCAACAUUUUAAGCUAAACAUUUUGAUCUGUUGUGUCAGCCACAUUGCGUAAAAACAUUGCGUUUUUUUUUUUUAUGCUAGUGGUUGUAUUAAUUUGGGAUCUAUCGCAUCCCACAACUGUCCCAGACUAUGUUUGGAAUAUUUAUUUAUCGCACAGAAUAGAAUAGGUCGACUUUUGCACUAUGGGGGAUAGUAGAUUGACAUAGGCUAGUGUUUUUGCUGUUCGUUAGGCCUACUCAUCUUGUUGGCUGACGAAAAGUAAAUGUGAACAGUUCUUCCAAUAUCUUCAAUAUGCACCUCGGAAUUGGAUAAGGACGCGCGCAGUUGCGUCCCCGAUGUGGCUGUCUUCACUUGUAGCCUGUGAGAAAGACCCGAUCACAUGCUGGAGAGCCAUGUGAGUGAGAGGUGCGUCGGAGUGUGCAGCACUCAGGGAGAAGGGCACAACGUAGCACUCCAGGCCAAGGGCACAACGGCCACUGGCCGCAAAAGGGUGUAUUAUGGCCACACAAAGGGGAUGCCGCCGGGAAAUUCGAGGCAUUAUCAAGUGCUUGUCAAAUUGUGAAUGCAAGACUGAUGAAGUGUGUACAGCCUGCGCAAAAAAACAAAGCAGAGCUCAUGCCUUUCAAAUCAUCAUUAGAGUCUCAUCAUGCAGCCUUACAACAUAUUAAAAAUCAAAACAUAUAGCCCAACGUUUGUAGAACAACUAAAGUUACAUUAAUAACUCUAAAUUAAGCUAAUAGGAGUACCUAUUUCUUUGUUAACCGCUCAACACAGAAUAGCCACAUGUGCGCACUCCCUCAAAUCGUUUGGAGAAAAUAUCCUUUCUAUUUUAUUCAGCUUUGUUCAGUUGUAUUCUUCAUACUAUAAAAUAAUAUAAAAGAAUGCCACGGAAUUCUAAGCAAAUCUUGUCUGCUAAAAUAACUAGUGUAGCAUAGCCAGAUCAGGAUCUAACAUAAGGACAACUCAGAGUAUGCUAUUCUGUUCUUCUGAAAUAGACUACAUUUUCUUCAUAUCAUGUUUCUUUAGACCUGUCUAAAAUAAAUAAUGGAUUUAUUGUGAAGGUGUAGGCUAUAUUACAUGGAUUCAUUAGACUUUUCAAAAUGUAGAUGUUCCAAAGGUCUGCAUCAGUGGCUUGUAGGCUAUGAGUGGAAGCCAGGAGAUGCUAAAUGUGUUUAUGUUAAUUAACGGUCAGUUACCGUGAGACCGACAGUUAUUUGCUUGACAAUCACCAGCUGACGAAAUUUCGUGACCGCCACAGCGAUAGUCAGAACAAACUGUCCAUUACAUAAAACAAUGCCCAAGCUUUUCCUGAUUGUUAGACAUUGGAGAAUGUGAGUUAUCAGUAAUACAUCAACCUUCCCUUAUAAUGUAGCUUAGUGUUUAUAGUGAAGCUUGUUUUUCUUAGCUGACAGUGUACAUACCACGUGAUUUGUGUAAACUCUGCUUCUACAUGUAUAUCCUGUUUACCAUCUGGCUGUAUAUCCUGUUUACCAUCUGGCUGUAUAUCCUGUUUACCAUCUGGCUGUAUAUCCUGUUUAUCAUCUGUCUGUAUAUCCUGGUUAUCAUCUGUCUGUAUAUCCUGUUUAUUGUGGGAGCACCAUUUCACCAAACCAAAUUCCUGUACAUGCAAAUGUAUUUGGCGAAUAAAGAUGAUUUUGAUUUCCAUUGUUGUUUGUCUCUGUCUCCAGGGUUGCUUCGUCUUCUCCUUGGUCAAAUAUAAACCUUUGACGUACAACAAGGUUUACGAGUACCCCGACUGGUCCAUCGGUGUGGGCUGGACUCUGGCCCUGGCUUCUAUGAUCUGUAUUCCUAUGGUGGUUGUCAUCAAGAUCAUCCAGUCCGAUGGACCACUCAUAGAGGUUAGUACAUAACCCCUAUAGCCCCUACUCCUAGACCCUGGCCCCUACCCCUAGACACUGGCCCUUACCCCUAGACCCUGGCCCCUACCCCUAGACCCUGGCCCCUACCCCUAGACCCUGGCCCCUACCCCUAGACCCUGGCCCCUACCCCUAGACCCUGGCCCCUACCCCUAGACCCUGGCCCCUACCCCUAGGCCCUCUACCCUACCCCUAGACCCUGGCCCCUACCCCUAGACCCUGGCCCCUACCCCUGGCCCCUACCCCUAGACCCUGGCCCCUACCCCUGGCCCCUACCCCUAGACCCUGGCCCCUACCCCUAGACCCUGGCCCCUACCCCUAGACCCUGGCCCCUACCCCUGGCCCCUACCCCUAGAACCUGGCCCCUACCCCCCUAGACCCUGGCCCCUACCCCCUGGCCCCUACCCCCUAAGACCCUGGCCCCUACCCCUGGCCCCUACCCCUAGACCCUGGCCCCUACCCCUGGCCCCUACCCCUAGACCCUGGCCCCUACCCCUGGCCCCUACCCCUAGACCCUGGCCCCUACCCCUGGCCCCUACCCCUAGACCCUGGCCCCUACCCCUAGACCCUGGCCCCUACCCCUAGACCCUGGCCCCUACCCCUAGACCCUGGCCCCUACCCCUAGACCCUGGCCCCUACCCCUAGGCCCUCUACCCUACCCCUAGACCCUGGCCCCUACCCCUAGACCCUGGCCCCUACCCUAGGCCCUCUACCCUACCCCUAGACCCUGGCCCCUACCCCUAGACCCUGGCCCCUACCCCUAGACCCUGGCCCCUACCCCUAGACACUGGCCCCUACCCCUAGACCCUGGCCCCUACCCCUAGACCCUGGCCCCUACCCCUAGGCCCUCUACCCUACCCCUAGACCCUGGCCCCUACCCCUAGACCCUAGACCCUACCCCUAGACCCUCUUCCCUACCCCUAGACCCUGGCCCCUACCCCUAGACCCUGGCCCCUACCCCUAGACCCUGGCCACUACUCCUAGACCCUGGCCCCUACUCCUAGACCCUGGCCCCUACCCCUAGACCCUGGACCCUACCCCUAGACCCUGGCCCCUACUCCUAGACCCUAGACCCUACCCCUAGACCCUCUUCCCUACCCCUAGACCCUACCCCUAGACCCUGGCCCCUACUCCUAGACACUGGCCCCUACCCCUAGACCCUGGCCCCUACUCCCAGACCCUACCCCUAGGCCCUCUUCCCUACCCCUAGACCCUGGCCCCUACCCCUAGACCCUGGCCCCUACCCCUGGCCCCUACCUCUAGGCCCUCUUCCCUACCCCUAGACCCUGGCCCCUACCCCUGGCCCCUACCCCUAGACCCUGGCCCCUACCCCUGGCCCCUACCCCUUAGACCCUGGCCCCUACCCCUGGCCCCUACCCCUAGACCCUGGCCCCUACCCCUGGCCCCUACCCCUAGACCCUGGCCCCUACCCCUGGCCCCUACCCCUAGACCCUGGCCCCUACCCCUAGACACUGGCCCCUACCCCUAGACACUGGCCCUACCCCUACCCCUAGACCCUGGCCCCUACCCCUAGACCCUGGCCCCUACCCCUAGACCCUGGCCCCUACCCCUGGCCCCUACUCCUAGACCCUGGCCCCUACCCCUGGCCCCUACCCCUGGCCCCUACUCCUAGACCCUGGCCCCUACCCCUGGCCCCUACCCCUAGACCCUGGCCCCUACCCCUAGACCCUGGCCCCUACCCCUAGACCCUGGCCCCUACCCCUAGACCCUGGCCCCUACCCCUGGCCCCUACCCCUGGCCCCUACCCCUAGACACUGGCCCUUACCCCUACCCCUGGCCCCUACCCCUAGACCCUGGCCCCUACCCCUAGACCCUGGCCCCUACCCCUGGCCCCUACCCCUAGACACUGGCCCUUACCCCUACCCCUGGCCCCUACCCCUAGACCCUGGCCCCUACCCCUGGCCCCUACCCCUAGACCCUGGCCCCUACCCCUAGACCCUGGCCCCUACCCCUAGACACUGGCCCUUACCCCUACCCCUGGCACCUACCCCUAGACCCUGGCCCCUACCCCUAGACCCUGGCCCCUACCCCUAGACACUGGCCCUUACCCCUACCCCUGGCCCCUACCCCUAGACCCUGGCCCCUACCCCUAGGCCCUCUACCCUACCCCUAGACCCUGGCCCCUACCCCUAGACCCUGGACCCUACCCCUGGCCCCUACCCCUAGACCCUGGCCCCUACCCCUAGACCCUGGCCCCUACCCCUGGCCCCUACCCCUAGACCCUGGCCCCUACCCCUAGACCCUGGCCCCUACCCCUGGCCCCUACCCCUAGACCCUGGCCCCUACCCCUAGACCCUGGCCCCUACCCCUGGCCCCUACCCCUAGGCCCUCUACCCUACCCCUAGACCCUGGCCCCUACCCCUAGAACCUGGCCCCUACCCCUAGACCCUGGCCCCUACCCCUGGCCCCUACCCCUAGACCCUGGCCCCUACCCCUGGCCCCUACCCCUAGACCCUGGCCCCUACCCCUUGACCCUGGCCCCUACCCCUAGACCCUGGCCCCUACCCCUGGCCCCUACCCCUGGCCCCUACCCCUGGCCCCUACCCCUAGACACUGGCCCUUACCCCUACCCCUGGCCCCUACCCCUAGACCCUGGCCCCUACCCCUGGCCCCUACCCCUAGACCCUGGCCCCUACCCCUAGACCCUGGCCCCUACCCCUGGCCCCUACCCCUAGACCCUGGCCCCUACCCCUGGCCCCUACCCCUAGACCCUGGCCCCUACCCCUGGCCCCUACCCCUAGACCCUGGCCCCUACCCCUGGCCCCUACCCCUAGACCCUGGCCCCUACCCCUAGACCCUGGCCCCUACCCCUAGACCCUGGCCCCUACCCCUAGACCCUGGCCCCUACCCCUAGACCCUCUUCCCUACCCCUAGACCCUGGCCCCUACCCCUAGACCCUGGCCCCUACCCCUGGCCCCUACCUCUAGGCCCUGGCCCCUACCUCUAGGCCCUGGCCCCUACCCCUAGACCCUGGCCCCUACCCCUAGACCCUGGCCCCUACCCCUAGACCCUGGCCCCUACCCCUAGACACUGGCCCCUACCCCUAGACCCUGGCCCCUACCCCUAGACCCUGGCCCCUACCCCUAGACCCUGGCCCCUACCCCUAGACCCUGGCCCCUACCCCUAGACCCUGGCCCCUACCCCUGGCCCCUACCCCUAGACCCUGGCCCCUACCCCUAGACACUGGCCCCUACCCCUAGACCCUGGCCCCUACCCCUAGGCCCUCUACCCUACCCCUAGACCCUGGCCCCUACCCCUAGACCCUGGCCCCUACCCCUAGGCCCUCUACCCUACCCCUAGACCCUGGCCCCUACCCCUAGACCCUGGCCCCUACCCCUAGACCCUGGCCCCUACCCCUAGACACUGGCCCCUACCCCUAGACCCUGGCCCCUACCCCUAGACCCUGGCCCCUACCCCUAGGCCCUCUACCCUACCCCUAGACCCUGGCCCCUACCCCUAGACCCUAGACCCUACCCCUAGACCCUCUUCCCUACCCCUAGACCCUGGCCCCUACCCCUAGACCCUGGCCCCUACCCCUAGACCCUGGCCACUACUCCUAGACCCUGGCCCCUACUCCUAGACCCUGGCCCCUACCCCUAGACCCUGGACCCUACCCCUAGACCCUGGCCCCUACUCCUAGACCCUAGACCCUACCCCUAGACCCUCUUCCCUACCCCUAGACCCUACCCCUAGACCCUGGCCCCUACUCCUAGACACUGGCCCCUACCCCUAGACCCUGGCCCCUACUCCCAGACCCUACCCCUAGGCCCUCUUCCCUACCCCUAGACCCUGGCCCCUACCCCUAGACCCUGGCCCCUACCCCUGGCCCCUACCUCUAGGCCCUCUUCCCUACCCCUAGACCCUGGCCCCUACCCCUGGCCCCUACCCCUAGACCCUGGCCCCUACCCCUGGCCCCUACCCCUAGACUCUGGACCCUAGACUUUAGGUACUUCGUGUAGAUCUGUCAAGAAAUUGAUAGCAGGUAUAAGCAGCUCCAGCUUGCCCUCUGAUUGGUAUACUGUACCCCUGUGUGGAGGUCAUUUCUCAUUUCCAUCCAUCUGUAACAUAUACACUUGGGAGUCGUAUAAUCCUACCUGUAUAUUGGUAUUUACUGUGAAGUUAAACAGAGCUUUUCUUUUUGUCUCCCUCCAGAGGAUCAAGGCCGUGGCGGCUCCGCUAGGAGGUGCUAGCUCCCGUCCAGCCGACCACCGUCCCAAGGGCAAGGCUUCCGAGCUGGCCUACCCGCUGGACCCCAACGGGAACAACGGCCUGAUCAAGCCCACCCACACUAUUGUAGAAACCAUGAUGUGAGCGCUCUCUGUGAGAGGAAAUAAUUUUUAAAAGAAAUACCCGCUUUCUAUGUUACUAUACUAUAUUAUCGCUAAACUACUUGUAGGACCAGGUUUACAUUGCUAUGUAUCUGCACUAGGAGGCUUCUUUUUGUUUUGUUUUCUACAGAGGAAGUUACGUUAUUGGUUUUCUGUCUUAUGUUUUAAAUAUUUGUUAUUAAACUAUUGUUAUGAAUAUUACUGUUAUUACGAUUGAUGAACUUCUGUGAUCUCCAAGUCACAUGGAGCAGCAGUAUCCUAUAAGAACAGAACCUGACAUUCAUACUUCUUCUUUCCUGUAGAAUUAUAAGUGGUCUGUCUCUAUUUUUGGGGUAGAAUCUUAAAAACAUAAAUACAAUAAAAUGUACUUAGAUAAUACAAAGGGCGGUAUAAAACCGGAAGAACUAAAUGUGUGUCGUGUUUUGAGCUGUAACAUUUGACUAUGUGAUGUUGGUGUAUCUAGAUCAACCUAGCCCCCUUUCUUCUCAGCUUAACUAAUGUAUGACGAUAUCGUGGAGGUGGUGCCGUUGUUGUAUACAGUGAGAUUAGUUUGAGUGUGUUUGUCGUUGAUGUCUGUUGUAAAAUUACAGCUGAACCUGAACGUACCUCCACUACUAAGCUGCGUUCAGGGUCCAGAGCAUCUCAUCUACAGCUGCGGGCCACUAAAACAAAACAAAAAGCAAACCCUGUACCGGUCUGCUGUACCAGGGUUUUGUGACAAACAAUUGCUAGAAGGCACUUGAGCACCUUGCCGCAAUUGUUUUGCCAGUAUAUAUAUAUGACACUGCAGCGCUACCUAACUUUUUAGUGUCAGCAACUGUACCUGGCACUGACUGUGGAGGUGCAGACCUGUGUACAUCCACUUAAGCCCAACUUCAUUUUAGACUACGUUGGUGUGAAGGACACUACUGCUGCAUGCCGUCCAUCCCAUCCAUCCCAUCCAUCCAUCCAUCCAUCCAUCCAUCCAAUCCAUCCCAUCCAUCCAUCCAUCCAAUCCAUCCAUCCCAUCCAUCCAUCCAUCCCAUCCAUCCAUCCAUCCAUCCCAUCCAUCCCAUCCAUCCAUCCCAUCAUCCAUCCAUCCCAUCCAUCCCAUCCAUCCCAUCCCAUCCAUCCAUCCAUCCAUCCAAUCCAUCCAUCCCAUCCAUCCAUCCAUCCAUCCAAUCCAUCCAUCCAUCCCAUCCAUCCAUCCAUCCAUCCAUCCAAUCCAUCCAUCCCAUCCAUCCCAACUUCAUUUUAGACUACGUUGGUGUGAAGGACACUACUGCUGCAUGCCAUCCAUCCCAUCCAUCCCAUCCAUCCACACAUCCAUCCAUCCAUCCAUCCAUCCAUCCAUCCAUCCAUCCAUCCAUCCAUCCAUCCCAUCCAUCCAUCCAUCCAUCCAUCCCAUCCAUCCAUCCAUCCAUCCAUAGAGUAGCUACAUCGCACGUGUUUAAAGUCUCUGAUUGAUCUUUUUCACUUAAUAAUGCAGUGCGUUUUCGUUUUCUUUGUGUUUUAGUCUCUUGUCGUAUUUCUGGCUAUAGAUAGAAGACAUGACAUAGUGGCAAGUCAAUAAGAGGAACAACAGCAUCACUAUAUAAUGCUGCUUAUACCAUCUCUUUAGUCUGUCUCUCCAUGGAUUGAUAGGAGCCUAGAGGACCUGCCAUAAUGUCAUGAUACAUUGAUGUAUACACACCAUGCAGAAACUAUUGCUCAUUAAGGAACCAUCCAAAUGCAAGCAAACUGCUUAUCAAUCAGAUCUUUCCAUUGAAUUUCUGUAGGCUAGGUCAGUGAAAUGAUGAUGUAAUUGAUUAAUAUAGUAAUUGAUUAAUAUACUAACUAAUAAUAUCCACUCCCUCUAGCCUUCUCACACUCCCGAUCUAUCGGUUGUCAUAUCUAAGCUUAGUUUUAAAAUAUGAUAUUAAUACAGCUUUUCAAAGAGGCAGAAACAAUUCAAAACAAAGCCUGAUGGGAUUUGAAGCAUUAUGAUUCACAAUGCAAAGAUAUUCUUCUUAAAAUGGAAUGUUGAAAUGUGAAACCCCAUGUUUUGAACGGAAGCUUCGGUUGAUUCUAUUGAUUCUAUUACAUUGAAAAAAAACAUAUAUUUUUGAUUUUGUUGUAUACAAUUAGAAAACGUAUUAUUUUAUUUUGAUUGUUUUUCUGUCACAUUUUUGCCUUUUGUAUUCAAAAUGUAAAAUGACCACCCAGUCUCCAGUUACUAAUACUUUUUGAGGAUGAAUCGUCAUUUAACAACUUGCUGUUAAUCAACAAAACUGCAAUUUGUAAUGUGUAAUACUUUGUGGAAAGACAAGUAUGUUUUUCACUCUGUUUUUUAAAUAGGUGGUACUUUUUACUUUGGAAGUUUAGAGAAAAGAGAAAAUAGUUGCUAAAACAAUGCGAGAGACAAAAAUGACAAUUUCAGGGGCCAAUGAAAACCACAAAAUAUUAUGCCAUAAUAUCAACAAAGAAACAACGUUCGUUGCAUUAGUAUCGCUCUCUGUCAUAACACACACACACAGAAUUUGAUUAAUCUUUUAUCAAAAGAUAUAUACAAAUAUUGUUGCAAUGAAAAGUAACCCUGCCAUUUUAUAACUACUGACUCAAUGCUUUCUGGUAGUCUGAAUUGGCCUGUGAAGUACAGGUGACAUUCUAAAAUGAUGCCGCCAAACUUAGGCCUACCCGUGAUUCAGAGGGGUUAAAUGCAGAGGACACAUUUCGGUUGAACGCAUUCAGUUGUGCAACUGACUAGGUAUCCCCUUUUCCCUUUACCACAGUGCUGUUAGUGUGUUUAGGAGAUUAUGACCCGCAGAAAUUAAACACCAGUAGUUAGCUAGUUAGAUACCUGUAACAAAUCGCUAGUAGUUAGCUAGUUAGAUACCUGUAACAAAUCGCUAGUAGUUAGCUAGCUAGAUACCUGUAACAACCCACUAGUAGUUAGCUAGCUAGAUACCUGUAACAACCCGCCAGUAGUUAGCUAGCUAGAUACCUGUAACAACCCGCUAGUAGUUAGCUAGCUAGAUACCUGUAACAAAUCGCUAGUAGUUAGCUAGCUAGAUACCUGUAACAACCCGCGAGUAGUUAGCUAGCUAGGUGCCUUACAGGUGCCGUAUCAAAGAAGCCUACUGAGAAAAAAAAAGAGAAAGCAUUAUUACGGUGAAGAUAAUGACACCCAGUCCAUUGCCAUCGAUUGGAGAAGUCUAUUACGGAUAGAAAACAUCAUGUUCAACUUAUUUAACUCUACUGCCUCAUAUACAUUACAUUACAUACCAGCCAUUCCUUUAUAAGAAUGUACAAGGGGAAACCUUUUUAAAAAUACAAAUUGGAAAUUAUUAUUAUUAUUUAUUUCUAUGGCGCUAAAUAACCUGUAAAGCAAAAAAUGUGUAUUUAAAACGAGGGUUUUUACUGAGAAAAACAGUAAAACCUUUUUAUUUCUUAAUAAAUAAAACAUCUUUGGUAAAAAAAAAAGCCUUUGCUUUUCUCAUGCGCAGUAAGUCUAUAGGCCAUAAUAAAGCAGUGAGAUUGCACUUUAGUCACUCAACAUCCUCAUGAUCCAUAUAAUAAAUAAUAAUAAUUGAUUGGAUUUAUAUUGAGCUUUUCCAGAUGCUUUACACAGUAAGGAGGGGAAACUCACCUCAACUCAUCCACCCACCAAUGUGUAGCACCCACUUGGGUGAUGCCAUGGCAUUGAUUUUGGAAAAUCAAUCCCACCACACAUCCGCUAUCAUGGUGGAGAGGUGAGGAGGACCUAUUGCUGGGAGUAUGGACCCAGUGCUCCCUCCGAAACCCCCACCCGACCCCCAAACUAGGGGGGGCUAAAACCCCCACAACAAUGCUGGUUCCAAGACGUAUGACUUAAGAUGCUUGUAUAGUUAGUACUACACAUUAAACAUUGUGUUUUAGUGUCACAAGUGGGUUGAUACAUACUCUUGUCACAAGUGGGUUGAUACAUAAAAUAGCUCUCCUAAAAUAAAGAUACACAAUUUGGUAGGCAUAUAACUGACAAACUACAGGGAAUGGUCUUACAUUUAAGUCAUUUAGCAGACGCUCUUAUCCAGAGCCACUUACAGUAGUGAGUGCAUACAUUUUCGUACUGGUCCCCCGUGGGAAUCGAACCCACAACCCUGCCGUUGCAAGCAGCAUGCUCUACCAACUGAGCCACAGAGCGAUCUCACUAUAUAUAAGGAUGACUGAGGACACAGCUAGUUAUUUGCCAACCAAUAAACACAAUCAUGGUUACAAAAUCUUUAAUUUGGAUAAAUGUUACAGAUACAUAUUUACGUAACAUGUUACAAAUGUUACAUAAAUAUGUAUCUGCGAAAAGACAAAAUGUAAUUUCAGAACGACUGAGAAGAUGUUCCCAUUAAUUCAAUGCAACGAUAGUCCAUUAUUAUAAUUCAUAAACACAUCAGGUAUGCAAGGGACACAUUAUGUUGAAAUUGAACACAACAUUGAGUGGUAGAAAAUCAACAUAAACCUAAUGCUUAAAAAAAAAAAAAACUAUCUGUCUUGGAAUGAGCAUUACCUAUGGAGGCAUAGGGCGGCAGGUAGCUUAGUGGGUAAGAGCGUUGGGCCUAAAAUGUAAAUGUAAAAUAGCCUGGUCCCAGAUCAGUUUGUGACCCCCUAUGGUCCUGACUCACCAUAGGAAAACAGCACAAACAGAUCUGGGACCAUACUAGAGAAUCCAUGCUUCAACAAUCAGAUUACCAACGCAGUCCCACAUCUCCUCCCUAUGUUCCUGCUGCCUAUGCUGUGGUCACAUGUGAUGGACCUGAUGUGUUCGGUAGACCUUCUACCGGGUUCUCUCCUAUUUCUCUCCCAAGUACCUUUAUAAAGAGUACCUCAUAAAGAGUACCUUAUAAAGAGUACCUCAUAAAGAGUACCUUAUAAAGAGUACCUCAUAAAGAGUACCUUAUAAAGAGUACCUCAUAAAGAGUACCUUAUAAAGAGUACCUCAUAAAGAGUACCUUAUAAAGAGUACCUCAUAAAGAGUACCUUAUAAAGAGUACCUCAUAAAGAGUACCUUAUAAAGAGUACCUCAUAAAGAGUACCUUAUAAAGACCAAACUGAUUUAUGUGGUACUAUAUGAACUCUAUUGUUCUACUGUUCUUCAUACCAUUGCUUUGUGCUGUUAUUUACUGGUUUUUACAUUUCUAGUGAUGAAAAAAAAAAGCAUAUUUUUAGUAAGUAUCCUUUGCUUUGAUAGGUGACAUUUGUAAUUUGACAACUUUGUGAGGGAAAAAUAAAAAUUAAACAUCUUUUUAAAAAAAUGUUAUUGUGGGGUUGUUUACUUUUUUGGACAUAUGGUCAAUUUCUUAGAAAUAUAACAUCAGACACCAGGUAUCAUUAUGUAGGAUUUAGUCAUCUCAGCAUCCAUGACCCGCUUUAGUCAUCUCAGCAUCCAUGACCCGCUUUAGUCAUCUCAGCAUCCAUGACCCGCUUUAGUCAUCUCAGCAUCCAUGACCCGCUUUAGUCAUCUCAGCAUCCAUGACCCGCUUUCGUCAUCUCAGCAUCCAUGACCCGCUUUCGUCAUCUCAGCAUCCAUGACCCGCUUGAGUCAUCUCAGCAUCCAUGACCCGCUUUAGUCAUCUCAGCAUCCAUGACCCGCUUUAGUCAUCUCAGCAUCCAUGACCCGCUUUAGUCAUCUCAGCAUCCAUGACCCGCUUUCGUCAUCUCAGCAUCCAUGACCCGCUUUAGUUAUCUCAGCAUCCAUGACCCGCUUUAGUCCUCUCAGCAUCCAUGACCCGCUUUCGUCAUCUCAGCAUCCAUGACCCGCUUUCGUCAUCUCAGCAUCCAUGACCCGCUUUAGUCAUCUCAGCAUCCAUGACCCGCUUUCGUCAUCUCAGCAUCCAUGACCCAAACGACACGGUUUAUAAUAGUCAUGUGGGAGAAGCCUGAUGAAUUUGCUGUGCAAUGUCUUACACUGUAACACAGUGUGACAAAAGUUGAUCAAACUCACUUCUAUACCCCUUCACACCAUGAUUUACCAGCAUGACUGGCAUGUAAACCGGCAGGUAGCUUAGUGGUUAAGAGCGUUGUGCCAGUAACCGAAAGGUCGCUGGUUCUAAUCCCCGAGCCGACUAGGUGAAAAAUCUGUCGAUGUGCCCUUGAGCAAGGCACUUAACCCUAAUUGCUCCUGUAAGUCGCUCUGGAUAAGAGCGUCUGCUAAAUGACUAAUUAUAAUUAUUAUAAUUAUAAUUAUAAACCCAAGUCUCAAACAAUCGCAUGAGAUUCCAUUCGGCAUACUAACCAUGUGUUGUUCUUGGCCCAAUGUCGGAAGAUGAAGCCUCACGGUAAAAGAUUUCACACACUGAUCUGGCCCUGUAUUCACAAAGUGCUGAUCUAGGAUCAGGUCCCCUCUGUCCAUAUAAUCUUUAAUUCUUUAUCAUGUAAAAAGCUAAACUAAUCCUAUAUCAGCACUCCUACUCUGUGACCACAGGCCCUGAUCCCUGGCUAAAGAGAUCUGUUUGCCCUGGGGAAGACAGUCCAUUCUUAAAAUAAACGCAAGUUAUUUCUUCAAGUAAGGUUUAGUUAGUCUGUGUCUGCCAGAUUUAUCCAGGAAUAGCUUAUUAUGGCAGAGAAUAUAUUUUUGGAAAGAUUUGGCAUUUGUGCUCUGUAAUAACAAAAACAAAACCUAUUUCCUCUUGUGUUCCUCUUAUUAUUGCCUUUAUUCAACUCAGAUGUGCACGAAGUUAUAAUUCAUACAAACAUAUUUUAAUCUGACUUCAUCAGAUCCAAAAAUAGGUUGCAAAAGGUGUCUAAACUUUAAUUUUAGAUUCAUAUGUUUUAAUAGUUUAAUAUCUCUAAUGUCUCUCUCUCUCUCUCUCUCUCUCUCUCUCUCUCUCUCUCCUCUCUCUCCUCUCUCUCCUCUCUCUCUCUCUCCCUCUCUCUCUCUCUCUCUCUCUCUCUCUCUCUCUCUCUCUCUCUCUCUCGUCCAGCCUCUCCUCUCCUCUCUCUCCUCCCUCUGUGGCUCCCGAC